AUGAAGCCUACCGCCACAAACUCCGCCGCAGCAGCGGCAGUCCCAGGGGACGACUGCAGUCACUAUCACAGCCAUCACCAUCGCCAUGACGCCGCUGUUCCACGUCGCACCGACACGGCGCAACACACCUGCUUCUACUUUACUGUGUUCUUUAGCAACAACCCGCCUAUCUUUCACUCGAACCGCAUUCCACUGGAGAAGCUCGACGUGGGGGCACUGACGUCCCCGACUAGAGCGCGGGAGCGUGCCGGACAGCUGGUAAGCGAGGAAUCGGCGGACGGAUUGGCGGGCAGCGCGUUACCGUCCUCCUCUUUUUCACAGUGCACCAGCUGCCAGCAACAGUACUGGAAGACCAUAUUCGGAGAGCUCGGUGCCGACUGCGUGACACGUCGUGGUGUGGGACACACCUGCGCAAGCACCCAAUACGCUGCUGGAGCAUCGGCAGGGGAAGAUCGAGGUGGUGCUGUUCCCGUUGUCGAGGACUAUCGCAGCGCGUCCGCAACGGUAGAGGAAGUGCCACAGCAAACACUGCAGAAUGUGGCGUUCCCUACGACGUUCGGCUGCUGCGGCGGGGCCUGUGCCUUGCCUCUCCGAGCGAGUGGCCGCCGUAUGCGGUGUACCUCUGCAGCGCUCACGCCAAUGAUGCCUCCGCCAGAAGUUGCCGUCUCCUCGAAGGUUUCAUUCUUGAAACGAGAGGCGUCGCCGCUGCUGCAGUUGCCGAGCGCCGCAUACACAAAAAAUGUGAGGGCAUACAAUGCGAAAACGUUGAUGCAGGAGUCAGACUGCGGGUGUGCCCAGGCGCGUGCGCCCGAGCUCACUGAAUCCUUGUCUUCGACGGUCGAAACUUUUCCCCUCAGCGACACCACCACGUCGGUGAACGACCCAUCGACUUUCGAAACGGUGACGUGGGCUUUGACUACAUCAGAUCACCUCAAAGUAGCGCUCCCCUCUCUCCAGCAUAAAUAUAGAGACACUGUGGCGAUGUGCAGUCACCACAAUGAGGAUGCUACGGCUACCACCAUCUCUACGGCGCCGCAGCCGCACAUCACGCCUACGAUUCCCAACAGGGCUGAGCCCAAGGCGCUGCCACAAGGAUCGAUGGCUACUGAGGCUCCAACCCCGGCGCAGCGAGAUGGGACGUACUCAGCUGCAUGCGCACCAGCUGCGAGGCUGAUCACCUCACCCACCACACCAGUACCUAAGACACUCGAAACGAGAAGCGCCACCCACAGUACUCCGCUGCCGCUCGCCGCUGACACGUCGGCCGACCUGAGUACCAGCAUGAAUGACACCGGCUCCGCCCCUCCUGCAGCUAGCGCGCCGAUGCACGAGGGGCCGCCGUGGAACAUGAAAGUGGAGGAGGUGCGCUCCGCCAAGGGCGAGCUCCGCUACUACCGCAUAAUUCUCACGGUCUCCUUCACGGCACUUGUCACAACGCACACUGGCUUGAUGCACUCCAUGCAGACACGCAAUGCGGCCACGGCGUUGGUGGUUCUCUGCCCCCCAUGCGGCGUACACUUCCGCUUCCUCCUGAAUCACAUGGAUGUGCUGCGCAGUGUGUUGAACCGCACUACCGAAUUUGCCAUUCGCACUGUUCAACGAUUUUUUGGUCUCCUCUACUCGCCCACGCAGAGGCCGAAAGGCUCGCAGCAGCAGGCGCUGAAGGCCAUUGCCACACUACUAGAGGCGCACCCGGAGGCGUUUGCAACGUAUCGCGCUGUGAAGACGGAGCUCACAAACGCUCUGUGCCUUCGCUUUCCUCUCCCAGUGCUGACGCCUGCGACGUCGGCGUGGGCGGUGCCAGUUCUGAUACGGUCUUCCCUGUUCAGCGCGCGAACUCGGUCUGGUUCGAAGGGGGUGUCGGUAAAGUCGCCCAGUGGGUCGUGUGACGCGCGGGCGACAUCGAUGAGCUGGGUGGGCUCAGACGGCGCAUCCGCCUCAGUAGGGCGGAUGUCUGGUGCCGGUGCACCGCCCUCCGGCUCUCCUCGUGCGGCACCUUUAAUCUUGGCUGACAUCCUUCACGAGGCCACUUCCUUCGUGCGCGAGUACAGCGAGUGCUUCGCGAGUGCCUUUAUCUGCGGGCUUUUGUCAUUGACGGAAAGUGGCUUCGGCAGUGCAGGUCUGCGUGCCCGGAGCAGAGGAAGCAACAGCGCCAGCCCCACUGCCGGUGCGACGAUGGCAACACCCACUGUGAGCAACCUAACCAGUCCCAACGUGAACGGCGUGUCUCAGUUGUUGAACUGCGUGCCGAGCAGCUCGUCACCGACAACAGCACAUGAGGCGUCGGCGUGUUUUGCGGGGUGCGGCGGUGUCGCUGCUGCUGGGUCAAGAGGUGCCCCAGAAUGGCUGUCGCCCUACGCGGCCUACUGGAGCUCGCUCACGGCCAACUGCAGUCCGCUUCACAUCGGGAACGAUGACGUCAUAAACUUUGGCAAACCCACCUCGGCUAAACUGGAAGGCUACGGCCGCGCAAGCCCCAGGAGUAGUGUAGACCACGUUGACGACGGCGCCGUGACGACGCACGUGUCGACUAGCAAAAUCUCCCCGAAGGCACCGUCGGUCAAUCCUCUGGCUGGUGAUGUGUCGUAUCUAGCAUCGGCCCCAUCUGGCAGCCUGGAAAGCCACUCACCUUCGCCAGCGGCACGUCGUACCGUGGCAGACCUCCUUGCGGCACCGUCAGCUGCUGCGGCUGUACCGCCCUCUCCCACAAGGGCGGCAGGCAGUAGCACCGCGCCAUCCACCUCUAAGGAGGACGAGUAUUUGCUUCACCGCGGCCGUCUGGGUCGGGUGGUUAUCUUCACCCAAGACAGUACUCUGGCUCGCCGGCUACUCGUUAUCGCGGCGUUCUUGUGGAGCGGAUGCGGUUGCGGUGCUGUGAUAGGCGGAGGCAUAGCGAUGCGGUCUGGCGCGCCGUGUAGAGCUGCCACAAGUGGACAGCAACGCGUAGCCCGCAGCGCCGCCGAGGACGUCGCGCUUCGCAACGAGGAGGCACAGCACAUGUACGAAACGGCGGUGGCCGCGGCCGUGUCCUCGACUGAGUACGCCAACGUGCCGGUGCAGUGGGUAGCGGAAGAGUUCAGCGAGCCCCGUCUCUGCAGUCUGUGCUCCCGCUUUAGCCCAGAGAACACAUUGCUAGUGGUGGUCCCGCGUCAGCUGCAGUGUCGCCUUGUGUACCUGCGCAAGUACGUGACGAGCACCACCGUGCUGGUAGAGGAGCACAGUGGGAAAGGCGCAAGAAUCUGCACAGCCCCUUUCCCCUUCCGCUGCCUCAUCUCGAAGCAGGUGGUUGUGCGUCCGGACCCAACCGUGACGACGCUGCUGCGAGAAGCGUGUAGUCUUCAUAAGAACAGCCACGGCACCGUGAGCUUCACCGACGUGCUUCAGCGAAUGGUUGGGUGGCUUCACUGGCAGUCGGCGGCGGUGCUGGCGCGGGAAGCGCACGCGCGAGCAGCGGCGGCCGCCACGAUGGCAAACGGCGCGCCGCUCAUUCGGUUCGUCAGUACCGAUGCUGUGUGGCUGUCCACUGAAAUCUCGAUCCGCUCCCCGUCUGCUUCUUCCGGAACGAGGGAUAACAACGGCAGUCACGCAGCGACGCCGUUGGCCGUCUCGGCAGAGAUACUCCAAACACGCAGCACCAACAAGCUCGCAUCCUCGUUAGCACACCGCUGCGAUUCCUCAUGGGUGUACGAGUCAGUGGAGGAGGCCCUGCUUCCCGGCAGCAUGGGCGGCGCAGGCGGGUGCUCGUUCAUCGCAAACGUACACACGAAAGCUGCAGGCGGAGAGGCUGCGGCAUCAGCGAUCACAGCCUUCCGCUCUGGAACAACGCCCGUAACGUCGAUGCUGCUGGUCUCCCAUGGCCUUCUCAAGCCGCCAUCUGCCUUCACCUCAGCCUUGCCAACGUCCGCGAACCCCACGAAGGCCACCUCCUUUUCCCCCUUGAAACGCUUUUACCGGUUCCGAUCAAGUCCUACGUCGACAUUGGCUGAGACCACGCAAAGUCACCCCAUCCUAUCGCCUGUCACUCUGGGCCAGAUGUACAGCUCCAAUGGCGCUGUAGGAAGACAGCUGUCACAUCUUCUUGCUGGCGAUGACGACGAGGCGGACAUUCUCACGUAG